CCUGAUUGAUUCCUGCAAAAUCAAACCACAAUCGCCGCUCCACCAUCACUUCACUGCAAAUUCUCUUGUCUUCAAUCUUUCCAAUGCCGCUUUCACUCACUACCCUAUCUCUAUCUCGCUCUCAAAGCCUCUCCUUCUCAAAAACAUUAACAUCUCCAAUCCCACUUUUCCUCCAAGCUAAACUCUCCAACCUCUUCCUUCACCACCACCCCUACCAAAAAUCGACUAUAAUCCGAAUGGGAGGCGGCCCCAGAACAUACCCAGGUGGGGUCUCUAAGUGGCAGUGGAAACGGAUGCAAGCCAAGAAAGCCAAACAGCUGCUUAGGGCCCGGCUGUCCCGCGAGAGACAAAUCUACGAAUUGCGCAAAAGAGCUGAACUCAAAGCCGCUGUUUCGGAACUCGAACGGCCCUGGGAAUCCGUUGAAAAAGCCCCCACGAUUUUCUCGGUCACCGCCGAUGAACAAGUCAACGUCUUGGCUGACCGGUUUCAGAAACCCGGCGGGUUUGACCUCUGGACCGCAAUGGAUGGACCCCAGUUGUUUGAGACUCCUGAUGAUGGCUUACCAUCUACCAGGUUUUUUCCCAAAGGAGUUGUUCAUAGUGUGAAACCGUACGGUCUUAUUGCUUCAGAGAGUACUCAGUUAGAAAGUAAAAAAGAUGAGAAUAAACUUGAUUCUGAAUCUGUGGAGGUAUCGAGCAGAAAUAUUUUUAGUGGAAAUGGUAGAAAUUUCAGGAGAAAAGGGAAGAAAAGGAGGGUUAUUAUGGCAAAAAAUUCUGCAUCAAGACGAGAUUGAAUUACUAAUUGUUGGGGGGAAAUUUUAUUUUGAUUUCAGUUUGGACAAGCUCGGUAUCCUUCUUUCCGCAAACUGUGUUUACUUCUGCAUUGGCAAAAGAAACUAUUCUUGUUGGCUUUGUUCUGAAACUGUUUUGAAACCUUGGUAUUUCAUAAGGAAAUUUGAACAUGUUGAUAUAGGAGCAAUUUACUCCA